AUGGAGCCGCAGCUGGGGCUUCAUGAGCUCCUGCAUGUCUUCUCCUACCUGGAGGCGCGAGACCUGCUCUGCGCCGCCCAGGUGGACAAGGCCUGGAAUGAGGUUUCAACAACCAAGGAACUGUGGAGGCAGCUGUGUCUGAGACGGUGGUCCUCAUGUAAGGCCUCCCACAUGGUCCUGGGCACCCAGACAUGGAAACAGUACUAUCUCUGCCGAUCCGAGCUGGAAUUCCGAAUGGAGUCGGGGAGGCCAGAGAAGGAUUUCACUUGCAAAGCCAUUGCUGGCCACAAAGGAGAGAUAGACGAGUUGGCAUACAUCUCAAACAAUGAGUACCGUUUUGAUGGGCAGGAGAAGUCGGUGGUGUGCACUGUGUCCUCCGAUGGCACUGUGCGUGCCUGGGAUGUACACGAGGGCAUUGAGAUCUGGUCCAGCCCUCUCCAGCCUGCUGCUUUGGUGAACUUAGUGACCUACCCUCGGCUGCAGCUGGUUGUCACCGUGGAUGAGCGAGGACAGAUCAAAGCAUGGAAGGCAGAGGACGGGUGGGAGUUGGCCUGCUACUGCCUCCCCUCACACUCGUCUGCCUUGGAGGCCUGUGACCACCCGGACGGCCCCUUCCUGCUGGCCGCCUGUGCUGAAGGGGCUCUCUACACCUUGACCCUGCCCCAGCUGCAGCUGCUUUCCAAAGUGAGCGUGUUUCCCAACAACCCCAUGAGUCUUCUUUGCUCUCCUGACUGGCAGUGGGUGUUCGUGUCGACGAGGAACUCAGACCUGGGCCCGAAGGUGUUCCAAACGUGCUCCUUGCUGUGUCCAUUGGAAGACGAGUCACCUGUCUCCGCCACCCUCCCCAUCUUGCUGACCUCCAGAGCUUGCUGGGCACCUGAUGAGGUGGCCAGGCUCAUAGUGAUGCACAGAAGUGAUAACGGCAUGCAGUUGGUUGUUACUACUUAUGAGCUAGAGGCCAAGAAGUCCAGGGAUAAUGUGGACAUUCUGGUACAAGAAAUUGCAAGUUUCCUUCUGUCGGAUACCAUGAUGCCGCCUCAUCUCAUGAAGGGCCAUGGCUCUCAGGUGAUCCUGCUGGUGUCAGGCUCAGAAUUGGUGCUCUUCACUAUCCAUGGCCUCCAACUGGCAGCCUUCCAGGACCACCAGCGGCCCAUCACAUCCAUGUGGGUGGACCAGAGCCGCGUCAUCACCUCUUCCUUUGACCUCUCCUUGAGAGUCUACAUGUGGAAUAAAGAAAAUAAAUUUCCUGUCCUCAAGAGCUGCUAUCAUUUGCUUGGGGGGUCCCACAGAUGGGCCAGUGGGUUCACCCAUGUGGAGAGUGACAGCAUGAGCAUCGUGGGUGUGGAAGCCAGGAGCAUGGGCACGAGUAUCCUUAGGUCCUACUACUUUGAAGUGCAGCACAGCUGAGGGAAUGGUGUCCGUCUCAGAGCUUGGAUCCAUACAGCAGCGGAAGUGAUUGUUUCAUCAGCAUUGGGAGAGGACUGUUGACUAUCAAAUGCUUGCCAGCAGCCAAGCUCUGGGCUUUAUGGCUUUAUAUUUAAAUUCUCCUAAGUAAGGUCAGUAUUAUCACUGUUUUUCCAGACAGGAAUAUGCGUGACAACAGGAGUGCAGUUAACCCAUUAAGUUAACUGAUUAUUCAGCUCAUGUUGAUUCUGGGUUUGUAACAUGGUUGGUUUUUGUUGUUUGAAUAUGUAAUUAAGUAAAUAUUUUUUAAUCUUCCUACUCUGUGGUGUAAAAUGGGUGUUUUCCCCAGGCAGUCGUGUGCAGUGUCAUGGAUAAGGCACUCUGCUAGUCUCUAGGAGAUAUGCUGGCAGAACCAUGGACAGGGCCAUAGGGACAAAAUCCUGUUCUGUGAUUAGUGGUGAGGAUGUGAAGAAAAAGGAACCUUCAUGGGACUGCUGUGCAACUCCUGUAGAAAACAGUAGGAAGGUUCUUCAAAAAUAUUAAAAACCGAUAACAUGAAACAGCCAUUCCACUGCUGUGUAGCUACCUACAAAAGCAGUCAUUUAAAGGGAAAAAUACACCCCUAUGUUCAUUACUAUUAAUAAUAGUCAUUAGGGAAGCAGCCUAAAUGCCCAGAGAUACAGCAGUGAAUUAAGGAGUGGUUUACAUAUGCAAUGAAACACUACUCAGUGAUGAAACAAAAGAUGAACUCUUGCCAUUUGUGACAACAUGUUUAGAACUGGUGGCGGAUUAUGGUAAGUAAAGUAAGUCAGAAGGGGAAAGAUAAAUAUCAGAUAUGUGGAAUACAGAGGGGAAAAAAAGUGGAACUAGAGAAAAUUAAACCAAAACAAGCCCUAGAAAUAUGACUGCAGACUUGUGGCUACUAGAGGGAGAGAAAGUGGGUGAGAACAAAGGGGUUAGGGGACCCCAAGGCCUAGACUAGUACAGGAUUAUGGGUGCUUUGAUGGUGGGGGUUGUUGUGGAAACAACAUACAUCUGAGAUUUGAACCUGUACUCCUGAGCCAUAUGUGUUGUUAACAAUGUUACUUCAAUAAAAGA